CGUUUAAAUAUCCAGCUUAAAUGCCAUUUAAAUCUUAACUCCUAACCUAACCUAACGGGACCAUCGUUCGUGGACUCGCGAUUACACGUCACUGCGCUGUUGCGGUGUGACGUUGACAUAUACUGAUAUAUAUUAUUAUUGUAUCAUCUAUUGUCCGAUUCUGCCAGGACUGUUUACAUGCAAUCGAGUCUCAAGUUGACAUAUCACACAGUUGGUUUUCAUGGACUACAUAUUUUUUAAGUGGAACGAUAUAUCACAUACAUAACUGGGACAUGCUUUAAUGUAUCAUCCCUCCUCUAAUUGAAUAGGGCAAAGUAAAAUAAUUGACGAGAUUGCAAAGUGUUUUGUCGAGCGAUAAUUCCCCACCCCCACCUGUUUGUUUACUAAGUUGUCAAGAUUGCUAACAAAAUGCGAAGAUCUCAUUCUGGUGGUUAUGGCUAUGAGCCGUUACCAAGUACAUCUUCUCACAAUGCUAUGGAGGAUGAGAACGAGAGGAUGACUGAGGAGUUAAAAGAUAAAAUUCAUGCGUUAAAAUCGUUGUCCAUUGACAUUGGCACUGAAGUAAAGUACCAAGACAAAAUGUUGAGAUCUAUGGACGAUGACUUUGAGAGAACAGGUGGUUUCUUGUCUGGUUCGGUGGCACGUGUGUUACGUCUGGCAAAAGCAGGACACAAUUAUUACAUUCUAUACCUAUUCCUGUUUUCCAUAGCAGUGUUCUUCGUAUUGUGGAUAGUUUUGAAACUUAAAUGAUUGUACCUAAGAUUUAUGACUAAAAGGAAAUGUAUAUAAUACGUAAUUAAGAUAAAAAUAUGAACAUUGUAAUAUUAUACAUAGACGGAGGAAAAGGGUGGAAGUGUUAGCUUAGAUCUUUUACAUUAUUUCACUGUGAUGGUGACGAAAAAACAAUAAGAAAUUAUUCACGUCAUAUUUAUUCAAAUCGUUUUCAUAUGUGCGUUGUCAUAUCAUUCUUAAGUAAAUAUUUGUUAUCUCAUUAUCUAAAAGGUAAUAUAUUGAAAUUAUCUGUUUCACAAAUCUUAUUAUGUUAAAAUGAAA